AUUGGUAUUUGCAUCUUUCGUUUUAAGGAAUAUAAUUAUCCACCUAUGAAGUAUAGGCUAGCUAGCUAUAGACAAACAUGUGUGUAUCUAAGGCCUCAGUGGAACUCCCCAUUUUAGACAUUUCUCAGCCUUUGUCUCCGUCUUCCCUUUCUUCACUAGCUGAUGCUUGCAAAAAAUGGGGGUUUUUCCACAUAAAAAACCAUGGGAUCUCCAAAGAAAUCUACAACAAACUCCAUUCCUUCUCCAAUGAAAUUUUCAACCUCCCUUCAGAAACCAAGCUCAAAAUUGGCCCCCUCUCUUCCGUAAACACUUACACUCCCCAUUUCAUAGCCUCCCCAUUCUUUGAAACCCUCAGAGUCUCUGGUCCAAACUUCUUAGCCUCUGCUCAGAAUUCAGCAGAGUUCCUCUUUAACCAAAAGAGCUCUCACCAGUUCAGUGAGAUAUUGCAAGAAUAUGGAGAUAAAAUGACAGAGCUAUCAAGGAAAAUUAUCAAGAACAUACUGAUGAGCUUUGGUGAAGGUUUUGAGAAGAAAUACCAUGAACCCCAUUUCAAGAAUUGCCAUGGAUAUCUGAGAAUAAACAACUACACACCUCCAGAAACGUUAGAAGACGAUGAAGAAGUAGAAGGACUUGGAAUGCAUACAGAUAUGAGCUGCGUGACCAUUGUGUACCAAGAUCAAACAGGUGGUCUGCAAGUGAAAUCAAGCGAAGGGAAAUGGGUGGACAUAAACCCAUGUGAAGAAUCAGAAGCACUGGUGGUGAAUAUUGGGGACUUGCUUCAAGCUUGGAGCAACGACAGGGUGAGGUCGUCGGAGCACAGAGUGGUUUUGAGGCGGCCGGCGAUCAACCGAUUCUCGAUUGCUUUCUUUUGGGGUUUUGAGGACGAGAAGGUGGUGUCAGCGCCGGAGGACUUGGUGGAAGAGGGCGGUGAGAGGAUGUAUAAGCCAUUUGUGUGCUCGGAUUAUUUGAAGUUCAGGGAGAAUGAUGAAAGAGGGAAAUUUGAAAAGGUUGGUUUCACCGUCACAAACUUUGCUGGGAAAAAGGAUUAAUACGUUAAUUAAUUAUGUUUUUUUUUUGUA